CCGUCGUGCCGGCCGACACGAUGCGAUAGUCCGUGCAACGUACGAACGGCGCGAAAACACUGCCGUGCGCGCGACACUCGGCACUUUGUCGCGCGGGCGCGAGUUGUUUUUCGCUAGAUGAGUUCGCGUAUGCCAGAGCGCCAGAGUUGACAGCGCGCAGCGUCCUGAAAAAUCUCACCGGCAGAUGGCGUUCGCGAUCUCGCAGAGAAUUAUUUUCAAAUCAAAUUAGUAGACUGUAGUAGACUGUUGACACAUAACCUUCAAGAAGUGGAUUUUAAUCCAUUACAAUAAUGUUACCUCUAACCUUGCUGAAAACAGCGCAAAACCAUCCCAUGCUGGUGGAGCUGAAAAAUGGAGAGACGUACAACGGCCACUUAGUCAGCUGCGAUAACUGGAUGAACAUAAACCUUAGAGAGGUUAUAUGUACUUCGAGGGAUGGCGACAAGUUCUGGAGGAUGCCGGAAUGUUACAUACGAGGUAGCACAAUAAAAUAUCUGAGAAUUCCUGAUGAAGUGAUAGACAUGGUGAAAGAGGACAUACAGAUGAAAUCAAGAGGACGUGGUGAAAUGAAAGGUCGAGGCCAAAAUCAGAGAGGACGCGGUGGUGGUAGAGGUACUUUUGGCAGAGGCGGAGGAAGAGGUCCAGCACCAUUGGGUCGCGGGGGUGGUACGCAAGUUGGAAAUAAAUCACAAAAUAAACAAAGACCAAAAUGAAAUUAAAUAGUAUUUUUUUCCACUUCAAUUGCGUCGCUCUCUAUAUAAAUAUUUCAGAAAUACCUUCUUUAACGAAGAUUUGUCACCAUCCAAUUCCAUUUAUUCUAAUACAUAUAAAUUACAUAUAAAUUUAUACAAAACUAUAAAGUACACUGUACUUGUGAACCAUGUUGUACUUAAUUUUAUAUACACAUUUUAUAUCAUAGUUUUUUGUUUUCAUUAAUUCAAAUAUUUCAAAACUUACAAAAAUUUUUUCCUGUUCAACGUGGUUUCGCGAAUUGUAUUAAUUAUAAAAUGUAUAUAAUCAUAAAAAUCAUAACUACUAAAGCAAAAUGCAUGGCUAUUGUAUAAGUUCUGUACGAUUAAUUUCAAAAGAAUAUAACUCUAGUAUAACAAA